AUGGAUCAUGUCGGGUUCCUCCAGGAAGGUGCACCAGAGAAUCACCUCACAGUCGUAACGAGGCUCAUUCAACUGAGCUAUGACGAGCGGCAGUGCACUUACUUCUUCCCACAAGCCUUCAGCCAGCCUCUGGUGCCGAAUGUGCAAUCUGUCAAUUCCGCCUACAAGGGCUGGAACAUCAGCAUCAACCACCUGCCUCUUCCUUGCAAAUGGCCAAUGUAUGCCUUCUACGUGUUUUCUACCCUUUCUGAACGCAUCUAA